AUGCGCGCUGAGGACCCUGCGCUUGACGAUACUGCUGCCCUCGGCUCACUCAUCAGUCCGGUCGCUGGAGGCCGCGUCGAAAAGCUAGUCACGGAUGCGAUCUCCAAGGGCGCGAACAUCAGAGCAGGGACGGCAUCUUUCAAUGGCGCAAUCGCCCAGCCGGUGGUCCUCGAAGGAGUCAGAGAGGACAUGGAUCUCUACUACCAAGAGUCCUUCGGUCCUGUUGUCGCGAUCUUCGAAUUUGCGACCAACGAGGAGGCGAUACGCCUUGCCAACGACACGGAAUAUGGGCUCGUGUGCUCGGUGUUCAGCAAAGACGUCGCGGAAGCUCUGGCUGUCGGGCGGAAGAUUCGCAGUGGAUCGUGUCAUAUUAACGGCGCGACUGUAUACGAUGAGCCUCACCUGCCACUCGGCGGCCAGAAAGCUUCCGGGUUUGGACGUUUCGGAGGAAUGGCAUGUGUGAACGAGUUUACGGAGGAUCGUGUCGUCACGAUCAAGGCCCCUGGGCAACAUUAUCCAAUCUGA